CAGCAUUCCGCCGCACGACCUCACUCACCACAGGUGCGGCGGCGCACACUGCUGCACACUGCACUCCCUCCGUCCCGCGUCCCCGUUCGGCGCUCUCGGCACGACCGCCGGUAGCCCGGGACGCACGUCGCACGGCCCCAUCCCUCCUAGCGGCCGGUGACGGCACCGGCGGCCCUUUGCUCGGCUGUGCCCAAGCUGCGAGGGCGAGAUCUACCCCCGCGUCCGUGCAUCUUCGUCAGGCCCUUCUCCGGACGAGCACUCACAGGAUGUGUUCUGAAGUUCAUGUUGAGGGAGAUGCAAGUGUCGGACAGAAGGGUUGCAAGGAUAUAAGGCGUUACAAAUGUGAAUUUUGCACAGUUGUCAGGUCAAAGAAAUGCCUAAUUCAAGCUCACAUGGUUGCACAUCAUAAGGAUGAACUUGAUAAAUCAGAAAUAUACAACUCAGAUGGGGAAAAGAUUGUUCAUGAGCAGGAACAUAGGUGCCAAGAGUGUGGCCGUUGUUUCCAGAAACCAGCUCAUCUGAAGCAGCACAUGCAAAGUCACUCACAUGAGAGACUCUUUAUUUGCCCACUGGAAGACUGCCCCUUCAGCUAUAAAAGAAAAGAUCACUUGAACCGACACAUGCUUAAGCAUGAGGGCAAAUUGUUUAGUUGCACCCUGGAUGGUUGUGAUAUGAGGUUCAGUAUGAAGGCAGAUAUGCAACGGCAUGUUAAGGAAAUCCAUGAUAGUAAGAACCCCCAUCAAUUUGUUUGUAAGGAGGACGGCUGUAACAAGGUUUUCAGGUAUUCAUCAAAGCUGAAGAAACAUGAGGAAUCUCAUGUUAAAUUGGACUAUGUGGAGGUAGUGUGCUGUGAGCCAGGUUGCAUGAAGAUGUUCAGAAAUGUUGAAUAUCUGAGGGCUCAUAACCAAUCUUGCCAUCAGUAUGUUCAGUGUGAGAUAUGUGGAGAAAAGCACCUGAAGAAGAACAUCAAGCGGCAUCUGCAAUCACAUGACAAGGUGCCCUCUGAUGGAAGGAUGAAAUGCACUUUUGAUGGUUGUGAACACUUCUUUUCCAACAAAUCAAAUCUGACCAAGCAUGUCAAGGCAUGCCAUGACCAGCUGAAACCUUUCAAGUGCGGAAUCGUUGGGUGUGGCAAGGCGUUCACCUACAAGCAUGUCAGGGAUAACCAUGAGACAUCUGGUGCUCAUGUAUACAUGGAAGGAGACUUUGAAGAGUUGGAUGAGCAGUUGCGUGCCCGGCCAAGAGGUGGUCGGAAGAGGAAAGCAUUGACGGUGGAAACACUGACACGCAAGAGGGUGACCAUCUCCGGCGAGGCUUCAUCCUUGGAUGAUGGAGUGGAGUAUCUUCGCUGGUUGCUAUCUGGUGGGGAUGAUUCAAUUGAUUGUCAGUAGCCGGCGUCUUUUUGCUAUCACCGCUGCUUUGUACAUGGGUUAGAUUAUGUAAUGUAAGUUGUUUGGUAGACUACGAUGGUGUUCAUGACGCGUUUGAUAUAUUGUCAGCAGUAUGGUAGUGCAGGGCUCUCAUAGUAAAGCUUGCCAUUUUUGUUGUAUCUUUAACCCACGUGGGUCCAGAUGAUGUGUUUAUUCCUAUGUAUUUACUUAUCUACAUGUAUCCACAUGUGCGACUUUGGCGUUUGUUUGAGAUUAUAAUCUGUUAAAAUAUGUUGGAUU